UGUGUACACUUGAACAAAUGAACAGUUGUGUUGUGAAUGUGAUGUGGAAACUUUCUCAAAGAAGUCAAAAUUAACACCGCAUUUUGCCGAUUUCAAUCCUCCUUCGUCCUGUGUAAAAUUAUUACCCACAAUCAUUUUUCCUGUCGGCCGCCAUGAUCGAAGCAGAUGGAUGACAGUGGAAUUGACAGUGACCAAAAAUAUCAACUCCUUUUUGAGAAUCAAGUUUUAUUGAUAAGUUUUGUGACGAAGUAUUUGAAGUGAAAAAAACAGCUUCGCUUAUUCCAAUUGAUCUACUGCCCAUUCCAGCAUCAAAAACUCACGUUCUAGAGCAAAUCGAGAAUAAACCUUUGGUUGACUGGGAGUCUGAUGAUCGUGGAAGUGAAGAGGAGGUAGAAUUCUUCCCCGUGUCCCGCAACCGUCCACAACUAACUGAUACUUUCAGCAUCGAAGAAUUUAAUUUAUCACCUGACGACGAAGACUUAGACCUGCUCCCUCCUGAAGAAACAAGAGAAGGUAUUAAAUUUUCUUGUUCCAACUGUCUAAAGUGCACUAUUUUAUAGCCUUUAGGGAGUAAAUUUUUAUUGUGCAAUAUUUUUAAGUUCUUUCCUGGAAGAAACCUUACAAUUCAAAAUGGCAUCUGAAAGUAGCCCAGCUCCUACUUCUGGCUCAAAAGUGUCCUUCAAGAUAACUCUCACCUCUGACCCCAAACUACCUUUCAAAGUAUUAGCAGUCUUUGAGAACACACCCUUCACAGCGGUUCUGAAAUUUGCUGCUGAAGAGUUUAAAGUUGAUCCUGCCACUUCUGCCAUAAUCACCGAUGAUGGUAUUGGUAUCAACCCACAACAAACUGCUGGCAGUGUUUUUCUGAAGCAUGGCUCAGAGUUACGAUUAAUCCCGCGAGAUCGAGUAGGUGGAAGAUAAAGGAGUUUCAUUGGGGUGUGAUUUAUUCAUCAGUUAGAGAAUUAAGUGAAGAGGCGUAUUUUCGUUAAUGAUCGGCCAAGCCAAAAUGCCGCAAUAAUGGCGACGAGAUCAUAAUCGGGUUUGUAAACAUUUGAGGUUAGACUUUCGGAAUUGAUGCUGGUUGGAUGCCAUCAUCUUCCUUAGGUCAUUUCUAAACCCUACUCUUUGUAGGAUUAUAUUUCGGCUCCAACGUUUGCAAGAAUUUCACCUUCUAUCCGUCUGGGAGUCCUGAUGUUGUUCCGAUGAAGUAUGAUCGCGCCAAAUCAAAAUACGAAACUAAUAUGAUCCAUCCAUUUUGGUUCGACCAAUCAUCAACGAAAAUACUCUUAAUGGCAGAGCUUCAAGCGUUGAGGUUACUUGACAGUUUUUGUUGGCUAUUUAUUUUCAUUUCUGCCUCGAGUUUUCUCCAUCAAAAAUUCAUGUCGCAAAGAAAUUUAAAUUGCAGUCAUGUAUAAAUGGAUUGAAUUAAGCUCUCACUAACGUUAGUACCAGUUUUUCUGUUUUAUUAAUGGUCUGUAUAUUUUUCUACAUUUUUUUUCUGGCAGUGCUUUUCUGAAGCACGGCUCAGAGUUAUAAUUGAUUCCGAGAGAUCAAGUAGGUGCAAGAUAAAGGUUUUUCAUAAGACUGUGGUUUAAUCAUCAGUUAAAGAAUUACCAACAGUCGGGUUUUAGCAGUAUUGUGGUUUUAAUUAUUUUGUAAUUGUUUAUAAAUUUUUUCACUCUCCCAUUAGCCUCAUAACCGAGUUUGUAUAAUGUCUUAGUGAAUGUCUGAUCAGCAGGCUUUCAUUUAUUGGAGUAUGAAGGAGUACUUCAAUAUUUUUAAAAUGAAAUAAUGAAACCACAAUACACAACAAAUAGAAGCAGAAGUUUUGGUAUUUUCUUCAAAAUAAACCACAAUAAGUUAUGAUCGUGCAAUGUUUGGUUCACUUACCUAAGUUCAGUGAAACUGAUUUGUUUUUUUAUAAUUUUUUUGUACCGUAUUGAAAAUUAGGGCGUAAAGAACGUUACUACAGCUCCAAUACUUUUUCGGAAUGAAUUUUUUUGUAGAUAAUUUGAGAUGAAAUGAAAUGAAUCUUAGAUCAAAAAAAUUUCCUUUUUUUGUUCUAACUCUUCAUAAUUUUGGUUGUUAGUGUAUUUUACGAAUAAAAUACACUAUUUUUUACAUUCCUCCUCCGAAUUUGUUCCAAGGAAAAAAGUCAACAAAGGAAAUAUUGUACCUCACCGCAUCAUUGAAAGAACCAAUUUCAUAUUUUUUUACGAGACUUAUUUUCAUCGAUUUCACUGAUAAAAAUAAAUGUUCAUUCUCACAAUCUUGUUUGGUUUCAUAGCUUCAAAGUUUUCGAAUGUCUUGUGUCAGUUUUUAAUUUUUUUACAUGUUAUAGGCGCUUUUAAUUUCGCAUUUGUUGCUAAACAAUACAUGUUUUAUACCUCUUCGUCCUCUUUAUACUUACAACAAGUCAUGUGUCUGUGAACUCCUACAGAAUAAAUAAUUUAAUUGUUAAUUUUGGAAA